AGUUCCAUUGCCAGGUUUUAGGGGAGCCUCCUCCAAUCACUGGCACCAUGCCUGCAUUUCAUUUGUUUGGUGUUCCAAGCUGUGGGGUUCCCCUGGGCAAAACCUAUGUCUGACAGACGGGCCACACCCUUUCUGGACCUGCCCUGUGGAAAGAGGAAUGCCCCACUGCCACACCUGACCAUGAGCCUGCGUCUUAGUCUUCUUAGUGCUCUGAGAGUGGGGGCUCUUUCCCUGCAUAAGCACUAGCCAAAGAUCUCAGCUUGGCACUCUUGAAUUGUGUGCUGCUCCUUAUGGGGUAUUGGGACCUGGCUCAUCGCUUUGUCCUCUGACCUCUCAAGGUUGGCUGCUGGCUGUGUUAGGGGAGCCAAAAUGCUUCCAGGCCCCGGGGAAAGCAUUCAGGUGGGGCUGCCAGCAAAGCACUUAUGCUGGACAGUGAAGGCUGUGCUGUGUACAUGCCCUUGUGGGAGCAGCCAGGCAGUUGACUUGGAAGGAGCUGGCAGAUAAGGGUUAUGCAGAACAGAAAUGCCACAAGCACACAGGAAGCCCUGUUCUGUCCUGGUCCAGCAGCCAGCUGGGGUUAGAGGUACUCAGAGGAAGAUGAGAGCCUUGGAGAAUGGGCACCUAUGGUAGCAUUUUGCUGCAGCUGCACGACGUGCAAAAAUCUCCUAGACUCCAUUAGGCUGGAGCUGUCUCUGCCUACUUUUUGGGAAGAUCUCUCUGCCAAUUUAAAUGUCUGUGGGGGUUGUGGGGUCUUUUGUAACUAGUAUCCUAGAGGUCUACAGCAAGAGUGAGUAUCUGUGCAAUCAAUUCAUUCACCCCUUACUUAGUUGGUAUUUAGGGCUGGUGACUAGUACUAGUGCUGAGAAACCUUGUACAGGAUUUCCAGCUUCCUCCCUCUUCAGCUUAGGCAUCUGCAUAGCUUCUCUAUAAACUCUGUUUUCUCUAUGAAGAUCUGUUUGAAAUAUGUUGGUUUACUUGAUAUUUUGAGCUCUCUCAGUGGGAGAGGUGCUCCAUGGCUGUGUGUAGUUGGCCAUCAUUUCCCCCACAGGUACAUUUGAACUCCAUAAUUCCACCCCCCAAAAAAAAACUUUCCCCAACAUUUCCUCUGAGGCAUUAGACGGUGGGUUGCAUGUCUCAGUAGUAAUCUUUACUCUAGGUAACUGUAGGAUUAUAGUUGUUCUUACAAUGCUCUUGAGCAAUACCUGCCACUUUUCACCAUGAGUGAGUUCUGCUAUGUUGGGUGAACAAGGUGAGGACCUUGUGUGAGUCCUUCAGGUAGCCCCAGACCUAUUUGAAUAGACAUACACAGUACUUUCUGAUUAAGGUUUGUUCUGCUCCCUCUGGAAGUGGGGUCCCAAGUUCCAUACUGGAGAUGCAGACUGCCGCUGAGCUGGAGAUAGUGUAGGCACAGGUAAAUAAAAACAUGAUAAAGUUUUCCUAACAUUUUAAAGUUGUCUUCUUCUUGAAUCAGUGUUUGCUUGGUUCCUGAAAAACUUUGAAUGUUUUCCAGAGUUCUGGUGAAGUUGGUUCUGACAGUUUCUGCUGUUUUCUUUUGUUUCUCUGGAGGGAAAGGAGCUUGGAGCUUCCUAGGCUAAUAUUUUGCUCACAUCACGCACCAUUCCCCGCCCUGAGGAUUUUUGAUGUGUGUCUGGGAAACUUUUGUGGAGUUUUCUGCUUGCUGAUAACUUGGGCUUUGUAGGGCUAAGUGGAAUUAGGGAAAUAAACAUAAGAGCACAUUGGGAGGCCGAGGCAGGCAGAUCACGAGGUCAAGAGAUCACGACCAUCCUGGCCAACAUGGUAAAACCCCAUCUGUACUAACAAUACAAAAAUUAGCCGGGCGUGGUGGCGCGUGCCUGUAGUCCCAGCUACUCAGGAGGCUGAGGCAGGAGAAGCGCUUGAACUGGGGAGGCGGAGGUUGUAGUGAGCCAAGAUUGCACCACUGCACUCCAGCCUGGGUGACAGAGUGGGACUCUGUCUCAAAAUAAAUAAAUAAAUAAAUAAAUUUUAAAAAGCACAGGGGGUUGACUCGAACAGUUUGAUGCUAACCAGGAUUCAAAGUGUAGCGAAAAGAAGCCUGGAUGUUGGCACACUGUUGAUGAGGAAGAUUUUAACUUUGCUCAUUAUACGAAACUUCUAGGAGUUCUAAAUCUUGAUUAGCCUUAGGAGGGAAGAUCUGAAACUUUCUUUGUUUUCUCCUUCACUGCAUCCCUAGGGUUUUUCUGAACUAACUUUCCUCAAUGAAUAACAUUCCUUAGAGAUAUGUUGUGGAGGAAAAGACAGAGGGAGAGAGAAAGAGAGAAACUGUGGGGCAUGCCAUGGCACUAUGAUUUCCGGACCUUUUCCUAAAUACAUAUGUAAAGACAGUUUUCUCGUUCACUGAGAGGGAGGAAGCAGUAGCUUCUUCUGGGCCACAGAGCAGUCUCAGCACUAAUCAGGCAUGAUGUAGUCUCGGUUGAGACUUAGAGUCAUAUGGCUUUUCACUUCAAUUUCUUUGAAGGUAAGUGAAUUCCAGCAGUUUCCAUCUGUGUAGAAAAGAGUGAGAGAGGUUCAGGAUGGAAAGUUUUAGACCUGCCAAAUUUCUAGAACAAGGACAUUCAGACCCUAAUGGGUAAGCUAUGAGACAGGCAAAGGAGAUUGGCUCAUCUCCAAAUUCCUCCUGUACAGUAGAGAGCACUUUCAGUUCUCUGAUUCAUUGCUGGAUGCAGUACAACUCCUUGCCGUUGUCAAAACCAUCUUUGACAUCAUCUCUACCUUCUUUUCAUCUGGUCCUGGGUAAAGAGAGAUUGUGGAAAUCACUCUACUGAGCUCUUCCGUCAAGUCUGUCCUUGUUACCCAACUGCCAUUUUAUAAGGGGUCUCAGAGAGAGGACUGAAUUAUGACUGAGCACUGUCUCAGUGAAGACAGAAGGGAGAGAAAGCAGUUUCUUUUAGCGUUGGCUAUAGCCAGAUUUGGAGGGGCUUUGUUCACAGAUUCAUUCUUUAAUUGAUCAAUUCAUUGAUUCACUCAAAAGUAGUACCACCUCAUUCUGUAUGAGAUAUAGUGAACAAAAAUGACAAUCUUUUUGUUUUCGUGGUGCUUACAUUGUAAAAUGAGUCAGAAAAUAAAAAGUAAACAUAUAAUUUCUCAUGAUGAGCGCUAAAAAGAUAAAUACAUUCUGAUCAGGUGAUAGAGAGUGAAAGGUGGUGUGUAUUCUUUUAGAAUGAAGAGAAAAUCUGAACUCAGAUACUUGACCAAAAACUUGGAAGAAGUGAAAAAUAAAGCCCAGGAAUUCCAAGUUACUCAGGAUGCAGGGUCUGUUUCAUGUGAGUGACAGUGGAAUCUUCAAUUUCUAAUAUGAUUUUGGGAGAAAAAUGUGUUCAUAGAAGAAAUAUAGGCCCUGAGGUGACUUCCUAAAUUUACUGUUAGACUGAGACCAAAGCCAUCUGUAUUUAGGACAUGGGGUGAACCCAGAUGUCACACGUGGUGGCUUUGGUCUCCUGAUGGAUCCAGGGCUUUGGAUUAUCCUGAAGGCAGAGGAUGUUGAAAUCGGACUAAAGUCUCCUAUUUGUCAGAUCCAGCAUAAGUUCAGUGUGGGACAGUUAGAGUCUGAGGAUAGAAGUUCUUCCUCUGUAUUUCGCCUGAAUUUGCUUUCUCUAAGAACAGUGAAAAGAGUUGUCAGAGUCUUAGAGAGAGAUGGUGAGGCUCAACUCAGCCCAGGUGCUGGUUGCCUGCCUUCUGUGAGAAGACACAUUUACCGAGGACAGGAGCAAGGGAGGCUUUCUUCCCAAGAUAGGGAGGAAGAAAGGAGUAAUCCAUGCAGGGAACCAGCUGGCCAGUAGAUUGAGAGAUACUCAGUUCUUGCCCUCGAGAAUUUAUAGAAACUCCUCAGGAGACUUCCCUACCCUCACUCUCACCAACACACAGCAAUGAUGAUGAAGGUAAGGCAGAAGCUUUAAAAUAAACAUCCUGUAAAUGGAACCUACAUUCUGAUGAAACAAAAGUAGCCAGCUCAGGGGCAUUGGCCAGGAAAACUUUUGUAUAGAACAUGAUACUGGAGCAGGAAUUUACAGGACAGAAAAUACUUGGCAGACAGAGUAGUUUAGGACCUUCCAGGUGGAAGGGAGUUAGUGGUAGAAAGGAACACAGUGUGGUCCUGGAGGCUGACUGCUGGCUGUUCAGAGCAGAGUGGGAGGCAGGUGAACUGAGCAUUGAGGGUGCAAUGGUGCAUGCUGGGCAGGGUAUAGGCUCUCAUGUCUAAGGUAUGGCACUGGGGACUGGGAUCAUCUUCUUGGCCAACUCAAUUUUCUUGGCAUAUUGUGCAUAGUUAGAAAAAUUGCCCCUAAACUGGUCGUGGUGGCUCACACUUAUAAUCCCAGCUCUUUGGGAGGCCGAGACAGGUGGAUCACCUGAGGUCAGGAGUUUGAGACUAGCCUGGCCAACAUGGUGAAACCCCAUCUCUACUAAUAAUACAAAAAAAUUAGCUGGGUGUGGUGGCACAUGCCUGUAAUCUCAGCUAGCCGGGAUGCUGAGGCAGGAGAAUCUCUUGAACCUGGGAGGUUGCAGUGGAGCUUACAGUGAGUUGAGAUCGUGCUAUUGCACUCCAGCCUGGGUGACAAGAGUGAAACUCCAUCUCAAAAAAAAAAAAAAAAAAAGAAAAGAAAAGAAAAAUUGCACCUGACCAUAUACAGGGAAUGGUAGAAGACAAAUGCCUACCAUUCUAGUCAUGCUGUGCAGCCUGUGAGCAGGAGGGGGAUUUCAGAACAGUUUCUACUUCUGAUGCGAUGGGAAGCCAUAUUAACUCUUUUUUUUUCGCUAAAUUUCAGAAGGGAAAAGCACUCAGAAGUAAAUGUUGGGGGAUUACUCUAGCGCCACUGAAUUUUUUCUCUUAGGCUUCCCUGGCUCCCAAGAAAUACGACGUAUCUUAUUUGCAACCUUCUUCCUCUUGUAUGCAGUGACAGUGAUGGGAAACGCGGUCAUCAUCAUCACUCUCUGUGUUGAUAAACAUCUACAGUCCCCCAUGUAUUUUUUCCUGGGCCACCUCUGUGUCCUGGAGAUCCUGAUCACAUGCACCGCUGUCCCUUUUAUGCUCUGGGGGUUGCUGCUUCCAAGCACUCAGAUCAUGUCUUUGACAGCCUGUGCUGCACAGCUAUAUUUAUACCUUUCUUUGGGUACCUCGGAGUUGGCAUUAAUGGGAGUGAUGGCUGUGGACCGUUAUGUGGCUGUGUGUAACCCUUUGAGGUACAACAUCAUUAUGAACAGCAGCACCUGCAUUUGGGUGAUAAUUGUUUCAUGGGUUUUGGGGUUUCUUUCUGAAAUCUGGCCAGUUUAUGCCACUUUUCAGCUUACUUUCUGCAAAUCAAGUGUGUUAGAUCAUUUUUAUUGUGACCGAGGACAAUUGCUCAAGGUAUCCUGUGAGGACACUCUUUUCACAGAGUUUAUUCUUUUUCUAAUGGCUGUUUUCAUUAUCAUCGGUUCUUUGAUCCCCACAAUUGUCUCCUACACCUACAUCAUCUCCACCAUCCUCAAGAUUCCAUCAGCCUCUGGCCGGAGGAAAUCCUUUUCCACUUGUGCCUCCCACUUCACCUAUGUUGUGAUUGGCUACGGCAGCUGCUUGUUUCUCUACGUGAAAUCCAAAUAAACGCAGGCAGCCGAGUAUAACAGGGUAGUGUCACUGCUGGUUUUAGUGGUGACCCCUUUUCUGAACCCUUUUAUCUUCACCCUGAGGAAUGACAAAUUCAUACAGGCCUUUGGAGAUGGCAUGAAACGCUGCUAUCAACUCCUUAAAAAUUAAGUCUGUCCUGAGUACAGUUCAAAUCCUCAUCAUGGAUUUGAGUAAUCUGAUAGUACUAAUUGAAACAAAGUGAUCAUUCUCAAAAUCAAACAGCUCAUGAUCUACAAUGGAUAUUUAAGCUAUGACAUGGCUUCAAUUUGUAUUAAAUUCUUUUUCCAUGGAAGAUCAGUUCAUUAUUUUUUAAAUAGAUGUGUACAUUUAUUAGCCCUCUGUACUUAUAAUGCAUGUUGCAAAAUAAAUGUGAGAAGUGUAAACAUCUGAAAGAUGUUCAAUGUUUUGAACCCUUGGUCCUGAUAAUGGGAAAAACAAGAGAAGUGUGAUAUAUUUUCUUUCUUUCUUUCUUUCUUUUCUUUCUUUCUUUUUUUUUUUUCUUUUGAGACAGAGUCUCGCUCUGUCACCCAGGCUGGAGUGCAGUGGCUCGAUCUCUGCUCAGUGCAAGCUCCGCCUCCCGGGUUCACACCAUUCUCCUGCCUCAGCCUCCCAAGCAGCUGGGACUACAGGCGCCCUCCACCACGCUCGGCUAAUUUUUUUGUGUUUUUUAGUAGAGACGGGGUUUCCCUGUGUUAGCCAAGAUGGUCUCGAUCUCCUGACCUUGUGAUUGGCCCGCCUCGGCCUCCCAAAGUGCUGGGAUUACAGGCGUGAGCCACUGCACCCGGCCAAGUGUGAUAUAUUUUCUUACCUCUGACAUACAUAUUUGAUCCUAUGUGCCGAGAUUGUCUUCCUCUACAUUGCCACGUGGUUUCAAGGUGUCAUCUUAUUGUGUAAACUCACUAGCACUUCCCUGAGUAAUCUCAGGGCCAGCACAAGCUUCAAAUUUUCGUCGUCGAUUCCUGCUUGCAGUGUCCAGUAGCGAUAGUGCCUUUCUUUGGGUUUUCCGAUUGGCAUUUGUGAGAGUGAACUCACUCGCCGACCCUAACUGCUUAGCAAUCUUAAGGCUGAAUGCGUGCUCCUACAGGUGCAUCUCAGAUUGGUGGGCCUUCUCAGGCGUGGAUGGAAGAUCUUAGAAAGAGGCAUUUUAUCUAAUGUCACCCACGUUAUUAUGCCAGCUUCAGAUGAGGGAGGAAAAUGGAACUGUGUCUGGGAGGCGAUGUGAUAAGGGACAGCUGGGCUUUCUGUGUCUUUGGGCUGAGGGUGGAAUGGAGAGAGAGGGCAGAGGGAGUGGUAGCCUACAGCCCCUUUUCCUGCGUCUCACACAUUCUUCAAUCCUGACAUAGCACUUUUGUCCUCAGUGCUCCCUUCGCUUUCCCACUUCCUGCUCAGUUUCUUUCUUAAUUCCUUUUUGUGUCUCUCCCUCUGUGACUACCAGACUCAUUUGUUUGUUUCUUUUCCCCUUUAUUUUCUCACAAAACCCAAGUUUAUCAAGCUGCCUUCUAGCUCUACACUGAACUCCAUUAACUCCUGUAUCUCAGUUCCUGUAUUGCCCCAUCCUCUCCCUAGUUCCUGUCAUACCCACUAUUUGCAAUUAAUAUUUCUGUAUUGCAUGACACAUUUUUUCUGCAUCAUUACACAAGUGAUUACACGAGUCUGGUGGCAACACAAAUGGACAUCAAAAGAUGACUACUUAUAUACUUUAUGGGACUUUCAUUCAGUUGCUAUUAUAUGAGGGUUGGAAACCUGAGGGUUUUCUGUAUCAAUAAAAAGAAAGUGGGCCGGGCGCAGUGGCUCAUGCCUGUAAUCCCAGCACUUUGGGAGGCUGAGAUGGGCGGAUCACGAGGUCAGGAGUUCGACACCAGCCUGACCAACAUGGUGAAACCCCGUCUCUACUAAAAAUACAAAAAUUAGCCCGGCGUGGUGGCGUGCACCUGUAAUCCCAGCUUGAGUAUCACUUUGGGAGGCUGAGGCAGGAGAAUUGCUUGAACCCGGGAGGCAGAGGUAGCAGUGAGCUGAGAUGGUACCAUUACACUCUAGCCUGGGAAACAGAGUGAGACUCCAUCUCAAAAAAAAAAAAAUGUAUAUCUCCAAGAUACACUGUUGAGUAAGAAAAGUGAAGAAGAGAAAAUGUUUAUUUGUUUCCUUUUUGUAAGAACAAAGUACAACUUAAUUUAUAUUGAUACUUGUAUAUAGUUGCAUAAAGAAACAUCUGAGAGGGAAACCAGGAAAUGGGUUACCUCAGGGAUGUGUUUUUGGGAAUGGCAUUUAUGGGAAUGGUCUGUGAAGGAAAACUGUUUAUGGUACAGCUGUGUACAUUGCUUUCACUUUUACUUCAUAGUAAUGUUGUACUAUCUCAAAAAUAAAAGACUUCAUUCUGCUUCUAAUUGCCAAGGAAAGUUUGCUUAUUUAUCCACAUAAUUGAUUGUAACAAAGGAGAUAUUUUGGCAGAAGGGUCUUUAUUAACUCUGAAUAUUUUGUAAAGUUUCUCUGGAGCUAAGUAGGAUAAAUGGAAGAAUAAUAAGGGAGAAGAGAUGGAGCUUCACAUUUUUCUUAUCCUGAGGCCUUCACUACUUUUAUAAAAAUAUAGAGAUAUUCUUUAGAAAUUGCAGGUAUUACUUUACAUUAUCUUAUGUAUGUUGAAAUAUCUUUUUUUAAUCUGUUUUUUGACUUUUUAGUUUUUAAUGAAAUCUUGUCAUGUAAAAUUAUUAAUUUUCCUUUAGUCAAAUUAAUAAUUUCUUUUGUGAUUUAUAUGUGCAUAUAUUGUUAACAAAUUUUUACUCAAAAGAUUCAAAAAUUGUCUUUUAAAAUAUCUAGGGUUGAGCGUGGUGGCUCAUGCCUGUAUUCCCAGCACUUUUGGAGGCUGAGGCAGGCAGAUCACUUGAGGUCAGGAGUUUGAGACCAGUGUGGCCAACAUGGUGAAACCUUGUCUCUACUAAAAAUUUUAAAAAAUUAGCCAGGCGUGGUGGCAUGUGCCUGUAAUCCCAGCUACUCAGGAGGCUGAGGCAUGAGAAUCACUUGAUCCUGGGAGGUGGAGGUUGCAGUGAGCCAAGAUCAUGCCACUUCACUCCAGCCUGAGUGACAGAGUUAGACUCUGUCUUAACAAAAAAAAAAAUCUAUGUGGUUUGACAGUGUAGAUGCAGGAGGACAAUGUUUUUAAAAAGAGAAGAAUGGGGAUAGUAUAUGCAAAUAUUUUAAAAAUGUUUUCAGUAAUUAUAUUGGGGGAUAUAGUAUUAGUAUUUUAUAAUUGUUGCAUGUAUAAUGUCAGAUAAAGCAAAUGAAUACUUACUGAAUAUUCUAAUUUUAAAUGUAAUAUAGAGGAGCUUAGGGAAAGUCGUUAGAUUCUUCUGUUUAAAUUAUAUAUAUGGUGGAUUCAUGGUUAAUCUAUCUACCACCCAUUUACCUAUUUACCUGCUGGCUUCGUCCACUCAAAAUUCUAAUAACAUUGACCAUUCCAACAAAUAUAAUCAUUCCUAGGUUCAGAUUGUGGUAUUACAGUAAUUUUUCUUGAUGUGAGAAUCUAGGGCUUCUUGGAGAAAUGACUGAUUCCAGGUUUAGUACAGGAAACGUGUAAGAGGAACUUGAAACAGAUGAAUACGUUUAAUUGCACCAUGUGGAUGAAAUGAGCAAAACCCACAUCAUGGAAAAAUCGACUGUCAAAAUACCUGAGUUCUUCAACAAGUAGAUUGGAAGAAAGUGAAUGGGCUAUACAGAGAAUCUAUAGAUUAAAAUAGACUUAAAACAUAUAGAAUUACAAAAUAUACAAUACUAAGCUAUAAUGUGUAACAAUUCAAGCUAGGAUGAUUAAACUAGUCAGGAAAGCAAGGCAGUAAUUUCUUAAAGGUUGAGAAUUGUAGUUUUUGCUGAUGAUGUGAGCAUUGCAAUUGUAAUGGAACACACAAAUGGAUUUAUGUGACUGCUAUCAAAAUUCUGUUUCUUGAUCUUGGUAGUGAUUGCAAUUAUUAUGAAGUGGUUCACCUUGUAAUAGUUACACAUAUUUUUAUGUGGUGUUUCUGUCUCAACAUUUUAUAUUAAAAUCAAAUGAUUAAAAUUAUUUUGAGGCAGGUGAGAGGUUGCUGACAGCCUGCACUCUCUAGAAAUCAGAGCCUUAGGCAAGGAUUAAGUGCUAAAGAUUUAUUUGAGGAAGGAUGCAAUCCUAGUAUAGCAAAAGUAAAUGAAGUGAGGCAGGAAGCAUGGUAAACAAGGCAAUGUGAUCUAUUACCAUGCUGACCAUUGUUUCCUGAUGAUUAGCCAAUGACAUGAUUGUCUCUAUAGAAAGCCCCUAAAAUUCUACCAGAAAAACCUCCUGGAAAUAAUAAGAGAUUUAGUAAGGCUGAAAGAGACAAGGUCAAUAUGCAAAAGUCAAUUGCUUUUCUAUAUACCAGUAAUGAACAAUUAUAAUUGAAGUAUAUAAACUAAUAUCAUUUUUUUACAGCACCCAAAUAAGUGAAGUACUUUGGUAUCAAUCUAAAAAAAUAAGUUCAGGAUAUUAUUAGAAACCUAUAAAUUACUGGUGAAAUAAAUCAAAGAAGCUCCAAAUACUUGGAGAGAUGUACCAUACUCAUGGAUGGAAAGAUACAAAAUUGUUAAGAUGUUAAUUGUUUACAAUUUUGUUCUAUGGAUUUAGUGCAAUUUGAAUCAAAUCUAGCAAGAUUUUAUGUAGAUAUUGACAAAAUAUUUCUAAGAUGUAUAGCGAGGCAAAGGUAAUAGAAAGGCCAAGAUAAUUUUGAAAAAAGAACGAAGUCAGAAGACACACCUGAAAGUCUUAAUUUUAAGACUUCUUGUAAUGUUACAAUGAUCAAGUAAUGAUAGACAUAUAAAUUAAUGAUAGACAUAUAAAUUAAUGAUAGACAUAUAAAUUAAUGAUAGACAUAUAAAUUAAUACAAGAGAAUAGAGAUCCCAGAAAUAGACCUAAGCAACUAUCAGCUUAUUUUUGGCAGCAUUGGGAAGGAAAUUCGAUAAAAAAGGGUUAACCUUUCUAAAAAAAUAGCCCUGGAACAGUUCAAUGUUUACAUGCAAUAAGUGUGAAUGCAAAAUUGUGAAAUGUCUAGGAGAAAAUCUAGGUGACUUUGAGUGUGGUGGUUAGUUUUUACAUAAAACACCAAAAGUACAAUGAAUGAAAGAAAAAAAAUAGAAAAAUUAAUCUCUAUUAAAAUUGAAAACUUUUACUCUACACAAGUCACUGUGAAGGGAAAUAAUCUGUACAACAAACCCCCAUUUCACAAGUUUACCUAUGUAUCAAACCUGCCCUUCUACCCUGAAAUAAAAAUUAAAGUUUUUUUAAAGAUAAGUGAAAGAAAAUAUUUGAAUAUUUCAUGUCUGAUAAAAAACUUGUGUCCAGAAUAAACUGGAUAAAAACAUCUCUGGAAACUCAAUAAUAAGAAAAGAAACAGCUCAAUAAAAAAACCUUGGAAAAGAUCUGAAUGGCUACAUCCUAAAGAAGAUGUAAGGAUGGCAAGUUUACUUUUAAAAAGAUGCUGAACGUAAAUUGUCAUUAAGAAAUUGCAAGUUAAAACAACAACGAAAUACCACUCUAACCCUAUUUGGACAGCUAAAAAAAAAAAAAAAAAUUCUGACAGUUCCAAAUGCUGGGAAAAAUGUGGAGCAUGAAGCAGCUUCAUUUAUUGCUGUCUUAGAAAAAUGUUAGGACCACUUGGGAAGGCAGUUCAGAUGUUUCUUAUAAAGUUAGACUUCCCAUACAACCCAGCCAUGUACUUGCCACAUAUUAACCCAAGUGAAGUAAAAAUUUAAAUCCACACAAAAUCCCACACAUGAAUGUUUAUAGAUUUAUUUAUAAUUACUAGCAAUUAGAAGCAAUCAAAAUGUCCUUCAGUAGGUAAAUUGAUAACAAAUUGAAAUCCAUUGGGCUAAUAAUUCACAUAACAGAAUGCAUAAACUGCAAAUGCAUUUUGCUAAGUGAAAGAAGCUAUAGCAAAAGACUCUAUAGUGUACAAUUCAAUUCUAAUGACAUUCUGUAACAAAGGAGAAACUAAUAGAGAUAGAAAAGAGAUAAGUGGAUACUUACAUCUUUGCGAUAAGUAAGAAGACAGUAUUUCACUAGGACAGUACAGGGGGAUUUCUGGGUGAUGGAACUAAUCUGUAUGAUAUUGUCGGAUCCAUUAUGCAUUUGUCAAACUCAUAGCACUUUACAGCACUAAAACUGAACUUUAAUAUAUGCAAAUUUAAAAAUAUCAAAAAAGAGCUUGGUGAGUCCUAAGAUAGAAUGCAGACUUUGACAAAAAAAUCUGUGUGUGAUAUAAGUUCACUGAAGAGGGUGGGGAGUAUGAACUACCUUAUGUAACUUUGGAAAACAGUGGUUUGACAGAAAACUAUAAGGCUAAAAGAAAAAUAACUACAUAAUCACUGCACUGUAAUUGUUAAAAUUGUUUCUCAUGGAAGAAAGGGUUAACAAUCCUGAAAUCGCUGUACAUGUAUACUGGAGUUAAAUAAGUAAAAAAAAGGAUAGUGGAUGGUGAGAGCCUGGUUUCUUACUAAGAACAGAAGAGCUACAGAGAUGCAGGGGAAGAAGGAUAUAAUGUAUCAUGUGGUACUGGAUUAGGAUCAAAGACAUCAGCUUGAGCUCAUGUUAACUUAAUAAAGAUGCAGACAAUAGACAUGGAAAUUAUUGUAGAGAUCUGUAUACAUGUGCUAAUACAUAAACAUUUACUUCCUAUCUCUGUCUGCCGAGAGGGCAUAGACACAGUAAUUACUUGUAUACCCCAUGUUGGGAUCUUGUUCUGCAGUAACAUUGUUGAAAAAAAUCAACCAGGACUCCUUGAAGACAUCAAUGAUUCAGGGUCUGAGCAAGAAGAACUAAGAUAAGGCUGAAGCAUCUUGUAAUGUUAAAAAGUAUAGAAAUGCUCUUAAAAACAAAAAGAUGGGGGCAUGUCAAAGGGAUACAUGACCCAACCUGGAGGAGUUCCUUUCUUAGUCCCUGUGGGAUGCUAUGAAAGAAUACCAUAGACUGCGUGGCUGAUAAACAACAGAAAUUUACUUCUCACAGCUCUUAAGGCUGGGAAGUUUAAGAUCAAGGCACUAACAGAUUUGGCGUCUGGUGAUGGCAGAAGAUGCAAAAGAGG